UUGGUUCGGACGCUCGCAAUCGAGCAAAGAUCUCCGAUCUGGAGUGAUCUACGGUAGUACUUUUAACCCGUUCGGAGGUUCUGUAAUCGGUCAAUGAAAUAACGGUUAUUAAAAGUUUUCUAUCGCUAACUUUCCGCGAAAGAUUUCCGCGAUUUACGGCACGUGGAAAGCCUGCAGCUGACUCCACUUGUUUGAUCAGCAGGUGAAAUACCCUCGCCCGGUGAAUCAUCCAGCCAGGCGGACCCGCAUCCUAAAUCCGUUUCGUUUUCCACGAUCAACCGGUUGCAGGCGACUAAUAAAUGCAAUAAUACUGAAGUGUAAUUCCCAGAAAAUCAUGAUUAAAACGGAGGGAAAUGUAAUUGUGUUGACUUAACGUGCAAACAGUUCCCAAAAAUCAUGUAUUCGGUUUUCACCUUAUUACCGGUUAAAGUCCUUCUAGAAAGUCACUAACAACAGUGUGGCUUUUAAUUUUAAAAAGUUGAUUUAUGUAAUAAUCUACCAAAGCAAACUUCAUAAUAAAGUAAAUUGUGCAAAACCAAAAAGCAAACUGAUGAAUAUUAUAUCAAAGCUAAGUGAUAAUAAAAAGUUACCAAAACCCUGGAGGUGAUGGUUAUUUCGCAGUGACUAACAAUAAAAUAAAGAAUUUAACGAAAAUUGAAUGGCAAUUCUGCAGAAUAGUCACCAGAGCCAUAACCAAAUUUCACUCCACAUUUAUACGGCUCAGAGUGUUUGGUGCCAGAAAAGGCCAAUUAAUGCCAUGCAUCAGGAUGUCCGGCAAAAAAGUAUCGGAUCUGGAAGCGAGGCACAACUGGAAGCGAAGAAGAAAGUGGGUUCAGAUCCGGAGGCUGAGAAGGAAAGCUCUCCCAGCAGGAGGAGAAGCAGAAGGCGCUGCAGCAGCAGUUCCACUAGUGACUCCAGUGAGUCUUCGGAUUCCUCAACAGACUCGGACUCCGGGUCGUCUCACAGCAGUAGUAGUUGUAGAAGUCAAGCCGAAUUGCCCGCCUUCAACUUGCCAGUGGCUCUCCCCCUGGACAUACAAACUUCUCUUACCUCAUCUUCCGCCCACCCGCCUCCGUCAUCUCGAAGAGGCUCCAACGAUUCCAAUCGGACUAUCUCGCCGGUGGAAGUGCCUGUUGACCCGCACGCCUGGACUACAGCGGACAUUGCCUGUUGGGUAAAGUGGGCCACGCAAAAAUUUAAACUGGAUCCGGAACCGGAUGUAGACAGGUUUCCCAAGGACGCCCAGGAACUGUGCGAGCUGACUCGCGCGGACUUCUGGGUCUGUGCAGGAUCUAGACGAGGCGGCAUGCUCUUGUCCAAGCACUUCGCGCUGAGCCUCUACCACGCCACUGGACGAGAGACUAGUCCAAUGCUCAACGACAACGAACCAAAUCCGUAUCAGCUGCUGAACGCUGCCUCGCACCGAUUGGUUGCCCAAGGUUCCGGGGGCCAGAUACAACUGUGGCAAUUUCUUCUGGAGCUGCUCGCUGAUUCGUCUAACGCCAACGCCAUCAGCUGGGAGGGCCAAUCGGGCGAGUUCCGGCUCAUCGACCCGGAUGAGGUGGCCAGACGGUGGGGUGAACGCAAGGCCAAGCCCAACAUGAACUACGACAAGCUGAGCCGGGCUCUCAGAUAUUACUACGACAAGAACAUCAUGACCAAAGUGCAUGGGAAGCGGUAUGCCUACAAGUUCGACUUCCACGGACUGAUGGCCGCUUGCCAGGCUCAGGCCCAGGGAGGAGAUCCGGCCUCCAGUAUGCUAGGUUCCUACAACCACCACGGAGGAGGGCCGAUGCAGUUGGCCCGCCAUCCUCCGCCACUGCACCACCACCACCAGCAUUCGCACCACCAGCUGGGACAGCCACAUUUCUUACACCCGCACCACACGUCUCCCGCCUCCACGAGCUCUAGCGUUGGAUUCCCCUCGUCCUCGACGGCCUCUUCGCAAGCUUCACCCGGUCAGGCGGCUGCCUCUUCCUCCGCCUCUACUUCGAAUUUUACUGCUUCAUUCCAAGGUGGGAUAGCAGCCGGAGACCCGGCCAGGACUUCCUCAACUGCGGGAAACUAUGAGCAGGGCACUCCCACCACAAAUGCAUUUAAUUGAGCCCGCAUCAACCCCAAUUUGUUGCCAGGGCUGUAAGUUCCGAUGGGGCAUAAGGAUGCGCAGGGACCACCCACUGCGCAAAGAGAGCUGAGCGCCCAUCGUUCCAGGCACCAACCACCCAUCGAGGGUCAGAGCUUUGACCGUAAAAAGGUGAUUUCGCAUAAUUCCAGCUACUU